CGGCCCGCCCCGGGAGCCGGCCCCUCGGAGCCGCGGGCCCUGCAAUGGGACGUGUUCUCCUUUAAGAGUUAAGAAACUUGAAACCUUGUUUGCGCAACAAUCAGCGCCGCGGAGCCGCCAAAGUGUCUAGACUGGCAUAUGAUGGGAGGCAGCCAAUGACUCCGCGGCGCUCCUCCGGGGGCCCUCAGUGUGCGUUUGAGGAGAACAAAAAAGAGAGAGAGAGAGAGCCGAGCGGGGGAGCGAGCGAGGGAGCCGCGCCGAGCAGAGAAAGAGCCGCCGGGCGCUGCCGCCUCGCUGGACGCCGCCGGGACCGCGGGGCCACCGGGAGGCACUUUUGGCGGCGGGGGGAGGGGGAGCGACCUCUGCAGCCGCGGCGCCCGGGCCGUCCGAGCGCCUGCGGGGUGGGCUGCGACCUCUGCCUCGGAGGAUUGCAUUUUUAAACUAAGGAUUCCCAGCAGCUCUUGGGGAUUUUUUUUUUCUUUUCAGUUUCCACUCAUGUGUUGACACUCGUGCUCGGGAGAAACUCUUUUAAGUGCAUCUAGCGCCUGGGACCUGAGACGGAGUUGGCCUUCGUGCAUGCAAUUCCAGGGAUUUUUUGGGUUUGUGUGGGGUUUUUCUUUUUCUUCCUUUUUUUUUUUUUUUUUCCUUUUUGCAGGGAGUGAGACGAGAAAACAGAGUUUCAGCAAGCCUGCCUUUCGGAUCCUGCAGGGAAAGCCCAUGUAGUUAAGCGCUUGAGUUUUUGCAGGCAGGGAGGGCUUCCCAGGCACACCUUUGGGGGGUUCGGCGCGAGCGAGCGCUUUGUGCUCAUGGACCAGCCGCGCAACUUCUGAAGGCUCGCCGGCCCAUGCGGGGACUUUCUGGCGGCGCGCCGCCCGCGGUCCCCCCCGAGCGCCGCCGGGGCUGGAGUUGCUGAGCAGCCCGGCCGCCGGGGUCCAUGUAGCCGCGGGCCGGGCGCAGACUUCGGCUCGGCGUGCGCGCGUGUGCUCCUCGCCGGCCCCCCGCCCGGGGAGCUCCCUCAUGUUGCAGCCCCGCGGCGCCCCUCCGACGACGGGCUGUGCGCGGUCUGCACGGCGGCGCCCGGCGGCGGUGCUUCAUGUGGGGCUGCGGCCCGCGCAGCCGGCGCCUCGCUGAGGGAACGGACCCGCGGUAACCGGAGACCGCCUCCCUCCCACCCCCGGCGCCCAAGGAUAUCGUAUGUUCAGGUCCAAACGCUCGGGGCUGGUGCGGCGACUUUGGCGAAGUCGUGUGGUCCCCGACCGGGAGGAAGGCGGCGGCAGCGGCGGCGGCGGCGGCGGCGGCGACGAGGAUGGGAGCCCGGGCAGCCACGCUGAGCCGGCCCCGCGGGCACGAGAAGGCGGCGGAGGCUGCGGCCGCUCGGAGGUCCGCCCGGUAGCAGCCCCGCGGCGGCCCCGGGACGCGGCGGGACAGCGAGGCGCCCAGGGCGCGGCGAGGCGCCGGCGCGCGGGGGGCCCCCCGAGGCCCAUGUCGGAGCCGGGGGCCGGCGCUGGCGGCUUCCCGCUGGACGUGGCGGAGCCGGGAGGCCCCGGCUGGCUGCCCGAAAGUGACUGUGAGACGGUGACCUGCUGUCUCUUCUCGGAGCGGGACGCCGCGGGCGCGCCCCGGGACGCCGGCGACCCCUUGGCCGGGGCGGCGGCCCCGGAGCCGGCGGGCGGCGGGCGGAGCCGCGAAGCCCGCUCGCGGCUGCUGCUGCUGGAGCAGGAACUCAAGACGGUCACGUACUCGCUGCUGAAGCGGCUCAAGGAGCGCUCGCUGGACACGCUGCUGGAGGCGGUGGAGUCCCGCGGCGGCGUGCCGGGCGGCUGCGUGCUGGUGCCGCGCGCCGACCUGCGCCUGGGCGGCCAGCCCGCGCCCCCGCAGCUGCUGCUCGGCCGCCUCUUCCGCUGGCCCGACCUGCAGCACGCGGUGGAGCUCAAGCCCCUGUGCGGCUGCCACAGCUUCGCCGCCGCCGCCGACGGCCCCACGGUGUGCUGCAACCCCUACCACUUCAGCCGGCUCUGCGGGCCAGUGACAUGCUGUCUCCUGUCUUUCAGAAUCACCACCACCCCCCUACUCUCGGCUGUCUCCUCUGGACGAGUACAAGCCACUGGACGCCAGCAUGUCUCCGGACGCCACCAAGCCGAGCCACUGGUGCAGCGUGGCCUACUGGGAGCACCGAACGCGCGUGGGCCGCCUCUACGCGGUGUACGACCAGGCCGUCAGCAUCUUCUACGACCUACCUCAGGGCAGCGGCUUCUGCCUGGGCCAGCUCAACCUGGAGCAGCGCAGCGAGUCGGUGCAGCGGACGCGCAGCAAGAUCGGCUUCGGCAUCCUGCUCAGCAAGGAGCCCGACGGCGUGUGGGCCUACAACCGGGGCGAGCACCCCAUCUUCGUCAACUCCCCGACGCUGGACGCCCCCGGCGGCCGCACCCUCGUGGUGCGCAAGGUGCCGCCCGGCUACUCCAUCAAGGUGUUCGACUUCGAGCGCUCGGGCCUGCUCCAGCACGGGCCCGAGCCCGACGCCGCCGACGGCCCCUACGACCCCAACAGCGUGCGCAUCAGCUUCGCCAAGGGCUGGGGGCCCUGCUACUCGCGGCAGUUCAUCACCUCCUGCCCCUGCUGGCUGGAGAUCCUGCUCAACAACCACAGAUAGCGGCCGCCGCCAGGGAGGGCCCGUGCCAGAGACACAGCCCCCACGGACGAAACCCCCCCAAAUAUCAUCUACCUAGAUUUAAUAUAAAGUUUUAUAUAUUAUAUGGAAAUAUAUAUUAUACUUGUAAUUAUGGAGUCAUUUUUACAAUGUAAUUAUUUAUGUAUGGUGCAAUGUGUGUAUAUGGACAAAACAAGAAAGACGCACUUUGGCUUAUAAUUCUUUCAAUACAGAUAUAUUUUCUUUCUUUUCCUCCUCCUCCCUCUUCUUUUUUUUUUUUUUUUAAGAAAACGAUACAGCAGAGCUAGGUGGAAAAGCCUGGGUUUGGUGUAUGGUUUCUGAAAUAUUAAUGCCUAGACAAAAUGCUAAUACCAGUCACUCAUUGAUAAUAAAGUAUUCGCAUU